UCAAAUAAUUUUUCUUCAAAUUUUAGUUUUCAUACAAAAAAUGUCUAUCCCUCCACCCCCUCCACAAAAUACUUCAAACACCAAUUUAAAUAAUUCAAUUAAUGUCAAUCCACCAAUUGAAUUAUUAGUCGAUGAAUUAUAUAAAUGUGCCCAUCCACCCCCUUCUUACAGUAAAGCUACAAGAAAUAACAACAAUUUGUCUACAAUUAGAAGAGUAGUGAUAGCAUUAUCUGAAAAUCAACAAAGAGAAUUAACGUUUAUUUCUCCAUUUGGAGGUUCUUUAUGUAGAAUAUUUCCUUCUUUAUCAACAACAAAUAAUCCUCCAACAGAAGAAUCACCUCCAAUUUAUACUAGAAAUGUUUCAGAAAUUGAUACAAGGGAAUUUAAUUCAAAUAAUACAAAUUAUUGUUGUAGAACAUUUCAAUUUUUACAAUUUCAAACACCAAACAAAAAACGUUUCUUUUCCGGUUUUAUCUGCUUUCUAUUUAUUUUAAUAAUAAUUUCUUUAUUUGUAAUACUUGAUAGAUUGCUUUUGGAAUAG